AUAUACACAGACUGUAGCAGUGUUAUACAUCGACGUUAGUGUUCGCGCGGAACUCUGCGCGGGUGGACGUACGGUCAUGCGAGAAGCGGCUACGGGCAGGAUGGCCGAACUCGAGUUCGAAGCGCCGCUCGCGCAAAUCGAAGAUGCCGACGACUGUCUGUCCACGGCCGACUACCCGCAAAAAACUAUCAACGGCAACGACAUCCAUAUAAACAACAUCAAAAAUUUAAGUGAAAUUAUCAAAAUGAAAACCGACUCCAACAAAAUAAACGAUAACGACGAGCCUAGACCGGUGAAGUGCAAAGACAAUAUGCAAAAUGGGGAAGGUGACAAUUUCACGGAGACGUUCUCCGGGUCCCUUGAAGACCUGGUGAAUACGUUCGAUGAGAAGAUCACAAAGUGCUUCGGGAACUAUGAGGAGAGCGUCGAGAAACUAGCGCCGGUGCAAGUUCGCUCGCAAGAAGAAAUAAUGAACGAAUGCCAAAUGUGGUGGACAAUCACCGGCAACUUCGGCAACAUCCUGCCCAUAGACUGGACCAAGUCGUUUUCCAGGAAGAUGCACAUUCCCACCUUAAAUUUAAGUGACAAAAAGGGCUCAAUGACCCCAGACGACGAGAUCCACAGCUCAGAAGACGAGGCCGUGGCCUCUGACCUGGACAUGCACGCGCUCAUCCUGGGAGGCCUACACCAGGAUCACGAGUGUCCCGUCAAGACUGCCGAUGAAGUGAUACAAGAAAUCGAUGACAUGAUGCAGGAGACUCCGUCUUCCGAAGGUGAUGUCCUGGAGUACAAUGAGGCGCUGGAGAAAGGGAAGGAAGUCCUCAACUCACCUCUUUAUGAAGACAAACUUCGACAACUCUCCCUAACCCAGCUGAACGAGACCUACAUGGAGCUCGAGGUCCUCAUCAGAGAGUUCUCCGAGACCCUCAUCGCGGAACUGGCUCUCCGGGACGAGCUGGAAUACGAGAAGGAGCUCAAGAACACCUUCAUCUCGCUGCUGCUGGCCGUGCAGAACAAGAGGCGGCAGUAUCACACUGAGAAGAAGAAGCGAGCGCCGCCGCGGUCGCCGAACCUCAACAAUUCCGGCUCAGAGUCAAAGUACCUGACUACCGUGAUACCGUUCCAUCUCGAGAACGGCCCGCCUGACAACCAGACGCUGCAAGUUCUCAUUAAAAUUCUAAAGGCUAUCAACGAGGACAGCCCUACCGUGCCGACGCUACUAACGGACUACAUACUCAAAGUUCUCUGUCCGACCUAAGACCUAAGCCAUAGAGUCUAGCUAAUUCUUCCACCUUCAUCCGAUUCUGCACACAUCGACACCUAUUUUGCCUUGCGUUAAGAUUAUUGCAGGUGGCGCUACACCUUGGAGAGAAUUAUAUAGGGCCUCAUUUAGACGGU